AUGCCGCCAUUGAAGAUAAUCCUUCAAGGUCAUUCAGCUGUCACCCAGCAGCCAGAGCGGGGUGUCCUUCACUUCAACAUCCGGUCAGACGGACCACACCGAGAGGCCGUCUCCAAAGAAGUGAUCGAGACUGCCAGCGAAAUCACUCGGGUCUUCAGAGAGCUGUCUCCCAAAUCAGAGACGGGCGCAACGCUUGCAAAUGCCCCCAUCACCUCCUUCUCGUCCACCGCCCUUCAGACGUGGGCCUCCAAAGAAAGGAUGCCCAACAGUGACGAGUGGCAGAGGAUCCACUCGGCAAGACUGUCGAUCGGUGCAAAUUUUCAAGACUUUAACAAGCUGAAUGAGGUUGUCAGUAACCUGGUAAUCUAUCCAAAUGUCAUGAUCGAAUCACUGGACUGGGUUUUGACCGAGGCGACGCAAAAGUCGCUGAGCUCCGAGGCCCGUAAGGAUGCCAUGCGAGAUGCCAUCCAGAAGGCCAAUGACUAUGCCGAGGUGAUCGGCCGACAAGUCGUUGCAAUCAAGAUUACUGACCACGGCGAUGGAGCCUCGGGAGCAGCGCCUGUCGCGAGCAGACAUCGUGCGAUGAUGAUGCAGCAACAAAUGCAGCCACAAAUGCAGCCACAGCAACCGCAAAUGCCUGGUCCUGCAGGGAAUAUGAGCUCAACGAGCAAUACGGCAAGCCUUUCUUCCAACUCUGCCUCCAAUCAGCAAUCUCGGUCUGGAUCACCCUCGGGGCUUGAUUUGAGCCCACAGCUGAUCAAGUACUCGAGCUCCGUUUCCGUGGAGUUCGCAGAUCCGUCGGAAUACUUCAAAGACUAA